CGACCUUGCUAUUCGAACGAUAAGAAGGUCUUGUUCCUAUAAAAGAUAAUGAACCAUUGCAGAACAAGUUGAGGAUAGGUGCAACAGUAUUUUUAUCAGUGUCUUGUAGUAUUUCAUUCAUUCAUUCAUGUUUACUCAUUCGUGUUAUGUUAUCCACCAUGAGGAUUGUGUGUGUUGAGAUAACUUUAAUAUACCUUGUUGUGCAUUCUGCGUCUUUUCCAGUCGAAUAUGACGACGGAGACGAUGAUUCUGGUCAUUUAGGACACAUAUACAACACCGGAUCGCCAUUAUAUUACGGCAAUGGCCAUCAUCAACACGAGUACGAUGAAUAUCCUGGCUACGAUGGGUACGCCAGUUACGCACCUCACCAUGAUCAUGAACAUUACGCUUACCCGAAGUAUAAAUUCGAAUACGGAGUACACGAUCCCCAUAGCGGUGACAUAAAAAAACAAUACGAAGAAAGAGACGGUGAUACUGUUCGAGGAUUUUACAGCCUGGUAGAACCCGACGGUUCAAUACGUAUCGUCGAAUAUACAGCAGACGACAAACAUGGAUUUCAAGCCACAGUGAAAAAAAUUGGUCCAUCUCACCAUCCUGCCCCCGUGCCAACUCACCAUGCUCCAGAUGACCAUCAUCAUCAUCAUACCACUCAUCACGGUCCUCCUCAUCAUUCUUUCAACGACUAUCCUCAACAUCAUUAUCCACCCAACGAAAUUUCUAAUUAUUUCCCAGGUUACUAUCCACACAGUGAAGAAGAAGAUGUCGGUUAUGGAUACAACGUUUACGAACCUCACGAUCAUAAGCAUCCAAAUUUGUACGGUUAUGAGAAUCAAAAUAAUGCUUAUUAUCAUUACGGAUUAGGUGGUCAGGAGUACGAUGAAAGCGAAGAAUAUCCGUAUAAUGCGAAUAUAAAUUAUCCCUCUUAUAUUUUACCGCAGCAUACAUAUUCCAGUAUUCAAGACUUGACCGCCUACGGUGCACCACAAGACGACAUAGAAAAUCAGGAUAAAUUGUAUCAUAAAAGAUCUCCUUUGAAAAAACAAGAAAAUAAAGACCUCUCAAAAAUUACAGAUAAAAAUGAUUCGACCAAAUUUCACAGAGAUGCAAAAAAAUUAGAAAAUGAGGCCAGCAACGUGAAAGAAAAUAAAUCCAAAAUUAAAACACCCGUUGCCGAAUCUAGCCAAAAUACUAAUACAAAAUCACAGGAAACGAAGAAACAAUAACAGUGAAUCCUUCCGGUUCGAAAUUUAGAUUUGUUCCUAAAUUAACAUAAUUUAAUCCUUCUUACUUUUUCUUCGGUAAGCAGUUAGUGAGAAAUGUUUUUUACGAGUAUUUUAUACAAUAAAUUUCGAAAUGAUAUUUAAAAUUAAUUACGAGUUCCAUGUCAUAAUUUAAAGUACCUAUUAUAGCACUAAUGUAAAAUUUUGCAUUUUUAGUAAGUUAAGAAUCGAUUAAGGUAUUUAAUUUUUUUUAGUGUGUAAAAUUAAACAUUUUUAAAAAACAAUUUUUUUUCAAAAUACGUUUAAUACAUUCAAUUUUUUAUUCGUUACAAUGUUCUUCAGAAUUAAUGGAAUACAAAACAAAAAUAAUU